GCCACGGGACGCAGCCAGUGAGCGCUGAGCGCGGGCAGAGGGGAGCGCGGGCCGGACGGAAGACGGAGGGUAACGAUCUGCGGAGCCGCCAUGGCUGAAAGUUUACCAGAAAGCACGAAUGACUCUGUAGAGGCCAAGGAAGAACUCAUGGAUGAAUGUGAAAGUAUUUGGAAUCAGAUGGAAGAGUGUCAGAAGAAGCUAACGUGUCUACGUAUGAAAACACCUCUAAAAUCGGAUGAAAGGAUUUCCCUCCAAUUAAGGAAGGUGCAAAUGAAAGCUUUAACAGAAGAAUGUAAUCAGUGGCAAAAUAGAAGUCCUGAAAUAAUUUCUACCAAUCCAGAUGUACUGGUAGCAUUAGGAAAAGAAGAGUUGAAGAAAGUAAAAGAUGAUCUUGAAAUGGUGCUGUCAACAGUUCAGUCAAAGAAUAAACAACUGGAAGAAGAACUGAAAAGAGAACAACAGUGGCAUGACGAACAGGAGCAAAUACUAAAUACUCUUAGUGAAAUUGAAGAAGACAGAAGAACACAAAUUCAACAUCAGCGCAAAAAAAGAUCAGUUCAGGAACUGCAAAAUAAAGAGUUGAAACUAAAGAGGUAUAAGCAAAACCUCUUAGAUCGUCUGUGUGAAUUCCUACAAGAACAUUUUCCUGUUCCAGAGAGUGGUGGAAGUAAUAAAAAGAAAUCUUCUGAAGAGCCAUCUGUAAAGCUGGUAUCACUGAGUGAAAUUUUAGAGGUUCUUAUAAACAAAUUAGUGAAAACACCACAUGAACCCUAUGUAAAAAUCAGUGACUCUUUUUGGCCACCUUAUAUAGAACUGCUGCUGCGAUACGGAAUUGCCCUGAGACAUCCGGAAGAUCCGUACAGAAUUCGCCUAGAAGCCUUUCAUAUGUAGCGUGAUCUGCAGGUUCUCUUUAAAACAAAACAAGUCACCUGUACUCUUACUUGGGGGCUAAGAUGUACCUAUGGUUUAAGAUAAGCUUUUUUGAUAUUAGCAACCUUUUCUUGGGGGAUUUUGGUUUAUUAUGUUUUAAUGUAGUAAAAUGUACAUUUUAUCAGUAUCAGAUAGGAAAAAACACAAAAAUUUCAAUUCUGACUAUUCACAGUUACAGUUUAUGGCAAGUGAUGCGAAGAGCUGUGUUGUGGAAGGUUUUAUCAGAUGUUUUAGUAAGAUGCAAAUUCAGUUAAUAGACAAAGUAAGGACAUUUAACCGCCCUUCUUACUUUCAAAAUCAUCUUUUUACACAUGACUUUUUUAUUUUAUGUUCAUAUCUUUGAUUGCUUUAAGUCUUCUCACUUUCCUUUAGUAUUUUUUUGUAGUCUGUGGAGACAAAAUUUUAAGUAACUUAGCUCCUCCUAUACAUGGCCUUGCAAAAAUUUGGAACUAGCAGUGAGGUAUCAUCUCAGGAAUGUGGUUUGGGUUUUGAUUUUUGUUUGUUGUUUGCUUUUUUCCCCAUGCCUUUGCAAUCAAAUUUAUUGGCUUUAAGAUAAACACUUUGGAAAGCUGAAGGGCUGCAGAUGCCGACUGUGCAAUGCUACAACUGCAUGCUUCCCAAACAGCCCAUAUUGUGUUAUGCCAUAUUGCCUAAUAGCAUCUGUCUUCAAUUUUUCAGAUCUAGUUUAUCAAGGCUUGUAACAGAUCUCUGUUCUGUUGAUUUCAACAGUUUCUGUAAUGUCAAUGGACAGUUGUGUUCCGAAUAAAAGUUACCAUUCUGUCACCCUA